AAAAUAAUUAAAUGUCAGUAAAAUAUUAUUGUAAAUUUUAGCUCUAAAAAACUCAUUAUAAGGACAUCUGUUCAUUAUUCAGAGCCUUCAUCUGUCAUAAAGCCAGAGUCUGUUAAAGAAAAGCUAGAAUCACAGUCUCAGAUGGAUCUUAGAAAUGCUCUUGAUUCUGAUCCUUUGUAUUUAAGGAUGAAACAUAUUGAAGCAUGGAAAAAAUUGUGGCACAGUGGAUUUAGUAUAAGUAUCUCAAGAGCUCAAGGUGCUUUAAAUGGCGAUAAAAUAAAUGCAACAUUGUAUUAUAUUCUGUCUAAUUCCAGAGAUUAUAUGUCAGAAACUGACAUAACACCACAGCAGCGCCUUAUUUAUCAAAAACAUCUGUAUAUGCCUGACAAGUGUUAUGGUGGACAUCAUACUUUGCAAGCCUCAACUCUGUGGUCAGAUUUGAAAACUAUCACUGAUGUAAAUAAAGUUGUAGACUUGUGGUUUCUCACAUUGACUAAGCAAGGUUGCCAGCGCCUGUUGCUAGCUGGAGCGGAAGGAGUGAUGCAAGCCAUGUUACUAAGUUUUGGUGGUUUUAAAUUCAGUGAUCACCAUUUGGAAUUUGAUACCGAGCCUAAAGUGCACAGAGAUUAUUAUUUCCGACGCAUUAUUUAUGGUAAUGCCACACAUGUGAAUGUUAGUGUUAUUGUUCAAGAAGAUAAUAAAGCUGUGAUUUAUGCUGCCUUGGAUCGCAGUGAUAAAGAUUAUUAUGCCUGUGAUGCUGGUUGUUUAGAUUCUCCAGUGAAACUUGGAUCAGAACCUGUGCAGCUACCUGUAAAACUGACUAGUCCAAUUACUGCCAUAUUGUACAUAACUGCAGACAAACAACAUAUGGAGGAACUCAAGCAUGCCAUACAUAUCAGUGGAGUUAUGGAAGCUCCUCCACAUGAGCACCAUAUUAUUGCAUUACAUAGGCAUGGACAUCAACUAGGUGGACUACCAGCAUUUUUCUGGGUUUCCAUAGCAUUCCUUAUAGCUGUUUUCCAUCUCUUUUUAGCAAAACUAGUUUAUAAUGAAUAUUGUGGUAAUCAAGAAAAAUCACGUGGAAGAUAUGUUGUGUAAUUGUAAAUAAUGUAUUAUACAAUAAAAUAUUUAAUUCUUAUUUAAAA